AUGGCGCUUCAGAGAGCAUUAACUCACCGUCGUUUAUUCCCCACCACCACCGCCAAGAAAAUCUCCACCCUUUCACUGCGUAACCCAUUUCCAUCUUCAUUUCUAGAGAAAACCUUAGUCUCACCAUAUUCCUCAAGAACAACUUUUAAUCGGGAAUAUGUCUCAGUUCCAGAUUCAACCGACCAAGGUUUUUUCAGAAAGUUUCUUCAGAAAAGAACUUUUUAUCAGUCAGAUGUUCAGACAUUACCAAAUGGAGAAAAUUUUAUGGACAAAUUAAAAUAUAUGGAUAUUAAUAGAGAUCGUAUUCAAUUAGGCACAUUGAACCCUCCAAUUCAUUCAUUGGAAACGAAAAGUUCUCCAUUGUCAUGGUCAUCACGAACUGUUGUUGCUACUACUCUAGAUGGAAUUGUAAUCUCAGUUGAUGAUACCAAGAAGUUACUCAAGCUAUCCCAGUUAGAAACAUUGAAAUCUACUCUUAGAAAAAUUCCUCAGGAUUCCAUUACUUACCCUGAGUUUCUCCAGAUUUGUAUUGAUUCUACGAGAAUUAACCAAGGUUCUGAGAUCGCCAAAGCAUUAGAUGAAUCUGGCUCGGUUAUUGUUCUAGGUAACAUUGUUUUCCUCCGUCCCGAACAGUUGACGAAAGCAAUAAAGAGUAUAAUUCCUUUACCAAUAUGCGAUAAAAAUGACCCAAGAAAAACUGAGUUCGAAAACAUGGAAAACGAGAAAGAAAUAAUUGAUGCAAAAGCAGAAGUAUUGGUGAAAAGAGAAUUAUGGAGUGGAUUAGGACUACUAGUUCUACAAACAGCGGGAUUUAUGAGAUUAACAUUUUGGGAAUUAUCAUGGGAUGUGAUGGAACCUAUUUGUUUCUUUGUCACGUCAGUGUAUUUUAUGGCUGGUUAUGCGUUCUUCUUAAGAACGUCUAAAGAUCCAUCUUUCGAAGGGUUUUUUCAAACCCGGUUCGGUGCCAAACAGAAGAAGCUUAUGGUGUAUUAUAAUUUUGAUGUGGAUAGGUAUAAUGAGUUGAAGCGAGCUUAUCAUUUGUCCGCAUCUGCAUCAACAUCGGUAUCAAAAGCAUCUUCAUCGUCGCCAUUUAUCCAUACUGAUCCUCCGACGUCGUUGACUUGUGUUCUUCCUUAAAAAUAAAUGACAAAAACAUAUGAUCCCAUAAACGUAAGUAGUUUUUGCUAGGUGUUCUAGGAAAAAGUAGUGUUAAUCUAGGUGAAAGCAAGUUAAGAUGGUGUUAUCUUAUGUUUGUUCCUUUUCUCUU